AUGGUGAGGAUCAAUAGUUACGGACAGGAAAUCGGAGACGAGGUGGUACAGUGGAAGGGUAGCGAGGCCCCUAAAAAGGUAGAUCUGGAGGGUAAAUAUUGCAAACUUGAGCCUUUAGAUGUUGAGAAGCACGCAGCAGCACUUUUCGACGCAUACUCCAAAGCGCCAGAUGAUAGGAUGUGGACUUAUUUGCCCAUAGGCCCCUUCAAAGACUAUAGUGACUACAGAAACUUCCUACUUGGCGUUGUCAAUUCCAGUGACUCAGUCUCGUACGCCAUAGUAAAUCACAGUAAUGGAAGGGCAGUUGGCACGCUAGCAGCGAUGAGGUUUGAUAUCGUAAAUGGUACCGUAGAGAUCGGCUACGUCAUAUUUUCGCCAGAGCUACAACGAACGGCAAUUUCCACGGAAGCACAAUACCUGCUAAUGAAAUACAUCUUUGACGUUUUGAAAUAUCGCAGAUGCGAGUGGAAAUGCGACAGCUUGAACUGUCCUUCUAGAAAUGCUGCUUUGCGACUUGGGUUCAAGCUAGAAGGUACUUUUCGAAAUGCGGCUGUAUACAAGGGACGUUCCAGAGAUACCACCUGGCUCUCAGUCACCGAAAGUGAAUGGGCAGACCUUCGCACAACAUUCACAGCGUGGCUAAGUGAAGACAAUUUUGACGAAGGGGUGCAAAAGAGGAAAUUGACCGAAAUCAGAGAGAAGAUCAAGGCAAUCAAAAGCAAAUAG